CACCUGUGGAUCCUCUCUCUCACUCUCUUUAUCUCUCUCUUUCUUCCUCUCUCUCCCUCUCUCUCUCUAUCCCUCUCUCUAUCUCUCUCUCUUCUCUAACAUGAAUCUGCUCACCUUUUCGGUAUGCAUCCUGCUGGAAGUUCUCGCUGUCACCUGUCAGGAGAUGAUGCAGGGCCGGAUAAUCGGCGGCUACGCCCCUGCGCCUUACUCCAUCAAGUACAUGGUGUCCAUCCAGACCAUCGUGGGACAGCACUUCUGCGGCGGCACUUUGAUUAACAAGUACUGGGUGCUGACAGCAGCACACUGCAAUGUAGGUGCUGGGAACAUGAGGAUUGUCAGUGGAGAUUAUUCUGUAAGUGUGUAUGAAGGGACAGAACAGUACCGCUCACCACAGCUCCUAGUACCUCACCCACUGUACAACAAAACCACCAACAACGCAGACAUCAUGCUGAUUAAGAUGCAGACUCCGGUGAUUGUGAAUAACUUAGUGUCCCCUGCACCGCUUCCCCGUCAAGGGGACGACAUGGCAGAGGGUCGUGUGUGCCGUGUAUCUGGCUGGGGAUUCACUAGCCCCACAGGGGGUAUCCCUACAGCUCUUCACACCGCCACAGUACCCAUUGUCUCCAGCACCCACUGCAACAGCACGGAUUCCUACAACGGCAACAUCACAGAAAACAUGAUCUGUGCUGGCUAUGCGGAAGGAGGGACCGAUGCUUGCAGUGGUGACUCCGGAGGGCCGCUGGUGUGUGAAGGUCGUGUCUACGGGAUCGUGUCUUGGGGCAACGGCUGUGCAGAUCCUCGGUAUCCUGGAGUUUACACUGCUGUGUCAAAAUUCCGCAAGUGGAUAGACAACACCGUAUUUGGCUUUUAUGGGAACUGUGGCAAAAACUAGACUGCGCUACCUCAAUACAUUUUCAACCAUUAACUUGAAACCAAGAGAUCAACAUGCCAAAUUCCAUGUUGUUGUAUAUCAAGAGUAUAUCUUCUUGUUGUGUUAUCAUGUUAAUAAUUUGUUAAAUAUAACUCCAAUUGUCCAUUUGGAUUGAAAGGAGUCUCCAGCACAGCACUUGUAAAUGAUCAGAGGUAAAACUUUGGCGUUAAACGAAAUCUCUUCACGACGUUGAAGGUUGUUGCUGUGUUUUGCGGUUUCUUGGUAUUUUUUCUAUUAUUUACAUCUUAAGAGAAAAUGGGAAGCAUGUGAGUAUAACUGAUAUAAUAAAGGAUAACAGCAACUAACCUCCACAAAUGUAACUGUAAAGGUAUAGCAUAUUUACAAAAAAAAUCAUAUAAUGGUAUAAGAGGAUUAAAACCAUUUUACCAGUUCUGUUCUGGGAAGGUUUUUAAGUAGUUUUCUUUUUGAUUUGUGUCACCUCAUUGUUGAUUCAUUUUCUUAUAACUCACUCCCCCCAAAUAUUUUGGUUUUUUUUUUACUCAAUAAAAUAGAUUAAAAUAGUUUAUUAAUAGUUUAGCUUAAGUAAUAACAAUAUUUCAAGAAAUAUUAAGGUUCCUCGGCUAUUUUUUUUUUCUUUAUGGCCGAGUGAAUUGUUGCAUACGUUCUUUAGUAGGUGCCAUAUUGUGUAGCACAAAUAUUAUAUUAAUAGAUGCAACAAAUUCAGCAAAUACAGAUACAACAAAUACAGUGUGUUCCUACCAAAGAAUUACCAUUGUGUAGAAAGAGUUUUUUUUUCCAGCAUACCGUCUCAUUUUAAAUUCUGUUACCAUAAAGGUGCUGAAAGAGAUGUUUAUAAUUCUUGCUGAGAUCGGGCUGACUUUCCUAUUUGUGCCUAUACUGAGUGAAUUUCCAAAAUUAGCUACAUUAGCAAAACUGCGCACACAAAUUGUCUUGUGGUUUUCACAGACACAACAAAACACAGACGAGCAUCUGUGUGUUAUUUUGUUUGUUGGUUUGUUUUGUCUGUUUUGUGAAGAACUUCUUGCAGAAACAGUUCCCUGUUGUUCAAUCCCUCCAGAUUUAGACAAUUUAGCCAACAUGCUUAAAAAAUUCAAUUGUUUUUAUGAUUGUGGUUCAGUUUUUUUUUUUUUUUUAAUGACUAGAUUUGUAGUUAUGCCAGAAACGAACUGGUUAACAUUACGGAUAACUAAAAAGCUCCUCAUUAGUGUCUCAGAGUUGUGUGAGGAUUGUGAAAAAAACAAUCGAAUAUUUGUGUGAUAAACAGAAGUAAUAAAUUGUUCAUUAUUUAAACACUUUUUGGUAUUUAAUUUUCCAUUCGCAUAGUAAUGAAUGAAAUUAUGAUCAAAUUUAUAAUAUAAAACACAAAUUCAGAGCAAAACAAAGCUCUCACUAAAAUCAUCCUGCCAUGUUGUUGAACUUUAUAUAAAACAUUUUAACUGUCCUUUUUGUGAGAAGGUCAAAAAAUAUUAGUGUGAUUGUUUUUCUUUGUACUUGACUGGAAAGUAAAGGCGAUACUGUAUAAACCUCCUGUAUCUUAUCUGCUUGGUUUGGUUGUAGUAUUUUUUCCUUCACAAAACGUUACUGAGAACAAAAGCGACAUCUAGCCAAAGAAGACAAAAAUGAUUAAGCAGCAAACAUUUUAAGCAUCACCAAAGAACAUAAAAUAUUAACUGCACUGUACUGAUUCAAAUAAAUGAAAUAAAAUGUACAACUAAUAAAAUAUGUGUUUUCUUCAGUCAUCAAAAGAAACAGAAAAAAAAAAUCCCCACUUUUCUCUUUGGUGUCGUUGAUGAAAGUGUCAAUGUUGUUAGCAAGAAAAUCCUAGCAUGUAGGAUUCCAUGCUAAAAAAUAAAAUUGGCAACACUUUCGUAUUUUUUCCACAGAACUCCACUGUCUCGUCUGAGAAGCAAUCCUCCUGUCACAAGUAUCUGGAUUCUGGCUUCCAGCUAAACAACACUAUGUGUGGUAUAUUAGCUUCCUGUCAUGCUCAAACAGCAGUCAGGGGGAAAAAAAUCACUCAGCCGUUACACUUGAAAGUGUAAGGUUUUUCUGCAUCAUAUCUUAGGUGUCAUAUCUGCUUUAAGCUCUGCUGUAAAUCUGCUUUAAAAGUUUUUAGCAGGAGUAUCUCUAAUUGUAGCUUAUGUUUUAGCUCUAGUUCAGUGCAUGAAUUAAUAAAUCUGGACGUUUCUAUCAUUAAUCAUCUUUGAGAGAAAUCUGUUCUUGCAUAUGUUUUGUUAAAAUUCAAACACUGGUUGAUGUUCAUGAUGUUCUUUAUUUAU